GGCAGAGAGGGGUGGAGGACACUGAGUGGAAGCCAGUGGAGGGAUUGGCAGAAGGGGGUGGAGGACUCUGAGUGGAGGCCAGUGGAGGGAUUGGCAGAGAGGGGUGGAGGACACUGAAUGGAGGCCAGUGGAGGGAUUGGCAGAGAGGGGUGGAGGACACUGAGUGGAGGGCAAUGUAGGCAUUGGCAUAGAAGGAUGGUGGACACUGAAUGGAAGCCAGUGGAGGGAUCGGCAGAGAGGGGUGGAGGACACUGAGUGGAAGCCAGUGGAGGGAUUGGCAGAGGGGGGUGGAGGACACUGACUGGAGGCCAGUGGAGGGAUUGGCAGAGAGGGGUGGCAGAUACAGAGCGGUUGCCUGCGAUGAGGUCGGCCAGUGAGGAGGGAGUUACAGUAGUCGAGGC